AUGACAACAGGCCCAGGUGUAAUUAUUGCAGAGUCGAAGCAGUGUUCGUUAACUUGGUUUGUGGUGUUGAUUAGCUCAAAUUUACAACAUGGUCGAGGCAUUCGUUGGAACUUGGAAGAUGACUUCCAGUGAGAAUUUUGAUGAAUAUAUGAAGGCAAUAGGUGUGGGUUUUGCUACUCGGCAGAUGGGGAAUCUGGCGAAGCCCAAUUUGCAGUUCAGCAUCGACGACGGUGUAAUAUCAAUGAAAUCCCAGAGCACUUUCAAAACCACAGAGGCCAAGUUUAAAUUGAAUGAAGAAUUCGAUGAGAUGACUGCAGAUGACAGGAGAACCAAGACUCUGAUGACCUUUGAGAACGGAAAACUGGUGCAGAAACAAACUUGGGACGGCAAGACUACCACGCUCGAGCGGGAGUUGCAAGAUGGAAAAUUGGUUGCGUAUUGUUUUGGCUGGUAA